UUCCACUUGUACACAGUAGUGUUGUGGAGCGCGCCUAAUUUAAAUGUAAAGGCAUUUUAAUAGUGGUCUUGUGCACAUUGCUGCAUAAGAAAUCAAGCAUAUGUAUAUGUACCACUGCGCAUUUCUGGAAACUGUGAUCAAGUAAAUUGUGUCAUAAUUUGCGGGCGUAUGAUGGACAUUACUCGAGAAAACGGACGCCUUCAGACUGUCUUUGGACUGCCAUUGGAGCAGAGAUGCGAAGAACUAAUUAGAAUUAUGAACGAGUGUACUUUCAAAGAAAUGCAGAUCGUGUAUCCAUUGAUAUUGGAAAGUAUUUUUGGUUCAGCCGAUCAUUGUGGAUGGGGACUGCAUUCGAUUUAUAAGAAUCAAAGUCCGCAUGAGUAUGAGAUAAUUUACCACUUCCUUCGGCCUUAUGGGCCAUUGUUUCACAUGUGCUACAGACUCAUAAGUGACAACUACUUACGAUACGAUUUCCCAGUCGCGUGGUUGCCAGUAAGCUUACGGCAGAUCAUUGAGGAUGGUGGAGUGCCACAGUUGUAUGUUGGAAAAAUACAAAUAGAUCCAAAUACACGAACACGUGUAUCAGUCGUGUUGAAUCCAUUUGAACUCUACAUGACUCAUUUCGCUACACAUUUGGUAGACCCAUGGCUCCAGCUGCGGCGACCACCAGAAGCGAGUGAAGGCUUUUGGGAUUCUGUUUACAUUAUGUUAGCUGAAGAAUAUCUAUCACAUUUUCUGCCUUGUGCACCAGGUGCACAGGUGCGUCCACAUGUGCCAGGUCCUGCAUUGGCAGUACCGUUGGUGCGACAUACUCCAGUGAGACCAGCCGAUGUUCCAACCAUAUUUCGUCAGUCUGUGCUGAAUCAGACAAACACACCGACAUCAUUACAUACAUCAAGCGUCAUUCAGCAAAAUGACCCUGUUGAUAUAUGGAGAAGUGAGACAGUAGUCCAAAUCUUUGUUGAUAUUUGGCUUUCUGUUGGACAGACAGACUCACUUCAAAUGAGUCCCAUUAGGGAGCGAGGACUUGCCUUGGAUCACAUUAGAGUUGUUAGGAGUAUGAUAAAACACUUCCAUUAUUUUGCUAAUAGCUUUACUGCUGACAUGUCAACCAUGGAUGAAUUGAAAAGAGUAAUAUUGGGUGCAGUACAAGGGAAGAUAUUCCUGUUUCUGCAACACUGCAUGCAACACUGGCCACUCGAUGGUUCAUUUCGGUGGGUGCUCGAAUUGUGGCUCAGUUUCAUCCAGCCAUGGCGCUACACGGAACAACGCCAUAGGGGAGGCAUUGAGAGAGGGCCUCUUGUGACAUGUGAUAUCCGCAUAUGGAGUUACUUUGUGGCAGAAAAUUUGCCGGCCUACACAGCUAUCUUUCACCAACUGUUACCUCGUUUCUCUCGCCUUGAUUUGCCUCUUCCAAAAAAUUCUUACAUGCUUUAUAGGGUCACAAAGGUCUUCUCUCAGCCAGGCCUUUCACAAGUUCUCUCUGAAUUGGAAAAAUCAUUUGAUCCCUCAGCAGAUCGCUCAGGACCUGUACCAAAAAUUCCUAACAAGUGGCAAGGACUUAUCCAGCAUCAACAUCAACAGCCACUUACUGAAUUCGAAAACUAUCAACCACUUUUUUCAGAACCUGGGAUUUCUAAGGUUAAGGCAUUUGUCUUACUUGUGGGACAAAGCAUUGGAACAGCUAGACUCCUCGCAAAAGAAGCUGAAGAACACGCAUGUAAGAAUCUAGGCUUCUUGUCUAGUUUCCGUGAGUUCUUUUCUGGAUCUUCUGCUACAGCAGACAUUCCCCUGGAUGAGAGGAGAAAGGUUGUUGCUUAUUUGGACACAAGCUUACAUCUACUCUGCUCUACAUUUGAGAUUCCAAGGCCAGAUGUCCCAGACGUCAGCACAGUUACCCCAAUAUCGCCAAUUAUAACUCCUCAGGAUCCCCUUGUCAGUCCUUCCAUCCGUGACUGGAGACAGAGGCGCUUAAUAGAAUACCAAGGAGAUCCAGAACUGCAGCCAAUAAGAUCAUCAGAAAUUGCCUUUCUUGUGAAGAUUGGCUACCAAAUUUCUUCAAAGCUUAAUGAAAUGUAUGGAUCAGAGUUAGCAGAACUGUACCGGAGGCCUGGUGUUGUAGGCAGAGUGAUGCAGCGAGUACUGUUGCCACCUCAAACCAUUCACUCUUAUGAACGUAACACUUCUGGAUCUCGUCGGUUCCCUGUUCUUGUUACACAGCAGCUACCACCACGACUCAGUCUUCGACGCCUAGGAAGUCGAGAACUUGUGAUCUGGAUUUCUGUGGGUGCGCUAGCCUUCAGGUUACGUGGAUAUCAUCUGCUCACUUUUCCUGUUAUGGUGUUUAUCAUGUGGAUUUUACUGGUCCUACUGCGAGCAGCAUUAUCGUCUCCAACAGAAAACAGGAAUACAGUCAGCAAUAUCAGUCGCCAUUCACCAGAUUUGUUGAAUGCUCCUGAUGGAGCACCUGAUGUAUCCCCAUAACAUGGACACAAAAUUUUAAGUAUAUCUAGGAGCUGUUGCCCACAAAAAAAUCCAGAAGGCCAUUAAUGUUUUUGCAGACAAAAUAAACCAGGAAAUGGUGUCAAGUGCCAGAAGUCUUCAAACCUCUUCUUUAAUGUUACCAAGCAUGAUGUUCUUUUUUUGCGACAGAAAAGCUGGCCUCAUUUCCUUGUCACUGCUUCCUUGCUCAUCCUGCAAAACAAAACGAUAGUGUUGUAAUAUAAACAUUAUUUUUUGAGGCCCUCGCCUAAACAUAUUAUUUUUAAGAUUUCAUUCAGCUGUGCACAAAGUAACAGUUUUGGAGUUAAGGUACAUCCAUUGAUUAUGUUGCUUCAUAUAAGAAUAACAAUAUUCUUUUUACUUUUUAAAAUGUAUUAGUUAUUUUUUAUCCCAAAUAUGAUUGCAAAAUGAUGUAAUAAUAGAAUUGUGUAUGUAAAAGAUCUGUGAUGAUGACUGACGUAAUAUAUGUCUAGGGCUGUAAGCAAGCUUAAAUGACACUGGGAAGGUGACUAUUGGCCUUUGAAUUUCCAUUAUUUAUUGUUUAUAAGAACCAAUUUUACCAUUUACUACUUGUACAACAAGUCAGUUUGUUUUGUUGUGUACUGCAUUAUGUUUAUACAUUACAUAAAUUUCUGGUCCUAUGUUUUGUGCUUUUACAGAUAUGUAAUUUAUUUUUGAUACAUAAAUUUUAAUGUUGUGUAAGUCAAUGAAGAGCACAUUUGUGAACAUUUUAUACAAGUGACUACAUUGUGAACCAUUUGCUAGCCAAAGAAAUUUUUAUAAAGCAGUGAAUGAUAU